UGGACAACCUCUCGUUGGUUUCAGGCAGCAUCCACGUUGUUCAGUGUAGUUCGCUGACAGAAUUCUGACAGGAUCACGUGCCCUAGCUGAAGGUCUUCAACCAUGCCAGUUCUAGAAAUUGACACGAAUGUGCCUCAAGAGAAGAUCACUCCAGAGGUUGUACAGAAUCUUACGAAACUCCUGAGCGAGAUGCUGGGACUUGGCUUAGAGUGGUUCCCGGUCGUUUUCCGGCCCAACCCUCUCAUGAUGUGGGGAGGCACGUCAGAACCCUGCGCUGUUUGUCGGCUGACAUCUGUCAACAACAUCGAUGAAGAGGCCAACCGCAAACACACAGAGAAACUCUUCAACUUCAUGAAGGAGCAUCUCGGAAUACCGGGGAACAGGAUGUACAUCCUCUACACCAGUCCGUCCGCUGACGACGUUGGACAUAAGGGAGUUCUCAUCUCUGACCUGAGGAAGGCAAAAUAGAGCCACACAACACUGAAAUGACGUCACAGGAUCCAAUAUCUGACGUCAUUGGUCGACGCUGUCCGACAUUGGCCGGCAGUGUGAUGACGUCACUGGUCAGUGGUCGACAGUGUGAUGAUGUUACUGGUCGGCAAUGUGAUGACGCCAUUGAUCAGCUGGUUAUGGC